CCGGGACGGUGCUGGGCUGAGCUGGACUGCGUCUGAUGGCUUCCUCCACUCCUCCUCCACAGCCUGCUGUAGGAGAACCGCCACUUCCCGGAGCCCCUGGCCCUUCUUCUGAGGCGGAGGACGACCCAGGAGAGGCCUUUGAGUUUGAUGACAGUGAUGAGGAAGAGGGCCCUGGCACGGGCGUCGCCAGCCUUGCUCCCCAGGAAGAUGUGGACCAGCCGCUGAUUCACUUCGAUUCCACCCCCCUCACUGAGCCAGUCCUAGCUGCUCUACCGUCCCAGACACAGGUUCCGGCUGUGUUGAGCAAUGGGGAGGCGGUGGAUGCAGCUCUCGCUGGGGCCCGGCGUUCCAGUUGGAAGCGGAAGAGCUCUCGUCGCAUUGAGCGGUUCACUUUCCCUGCCUUGGAAGAAGAUGUGAUUUAUGACGACGUGCCCUGCGAGAGCCCAGAUGCCCAUCAGCCUGGGGCGGACAGGGGCCUGUUGUAUGAGGACGUGCAGCGGGACGGGGCGUCCCGGGAGGCCGACGACCUAGGCUGGAGCUCCAGCGAAUUUGAGAGCUACAGUGAGGACUCAGGGGAGGAGGCCAAGCCUGAGGCAGAACCCACCAAACACCGAGUGUCCUUCCAGCCCAAGCUUUCUCCAGACCUGACUAGGCUAAAGGAAAGAUACUCCAGGACUAAGAAAGACAUCUUGGCUUUAAGAGUUGGGGGGAGAGACAUGCAGGAGCUGAAGCACAAGUGCGAUUGUAAGAUGACCCAGCUCAUGAAGGCCGCCAAGAGCGGGACGAAGGAUGGGCUGGAAAAGACGAGGAUGGCCGUCAUGCGCAAAGUCUCCUUCCUGCAUCGGAAAGAUGUCCUGGGUGACUCGGAGGAGGAGGACAUGGGACUCCUGGAGGUCGCCGUGACGGACAUCAAGCCCCCAGCCCCAGAGCUGGGCCCCAUGCCGGAUGGCCUGAGCCCUCAGCAGGUGGUCCGGAGGCACAUCCUGGGCUCCAUCGUGCAGAGCGAAGGCAGCUACGUGGACUCCCUGAAGCGGAUACUGCAGGAUUACCGCAAUCCACUGAUGGAGAUGGAGCCAAAGGCGCUGAGCGCGCGCAAGUGCCAGGCUGUGUUCUUUCGCGUGAAGGAGAUCCUGCACUGCCACUCCAUGUUCCAGAUCGCCCUGUCCUCCCGCGUGGCCGAGUGGGACUCCACCGAGAAGAUCGGGGACCUCUUUGUGGCCUCAUUCUCCAAGUCCAUGGUGCUGGAUGUGUACAGUGACUACGUGAACAACUUCACCAAUGCCAUGUCCAUCAUCAAGAAGGCCUGUCUCACCAAGCCUGCCUUUCUCGAGUUCCUCAAGAGACGGCAGGUGUGCAGUCCGGACCGCGUCACUCUUUAUGGGCUCAUGGUGAAGCCCAUCCAGAGGUUUCCACAGUUCAUCCUCCUGCUGCAGGACAUGCUGAAGAACACCCCCAGGGGCCACCCCGACAGGCUCUCGCUGCAGCUGGCCCUCACGGAGCUGGAGACGCUGGCUGAGAAGCUGAACGAGCAGAAGCGGCUGGCGGACCAGGUGGCUGAGAUCCAGCAGCUGACCAAGAGCGUGAGCGACCGUAGCAGCCUCAACAAGCUGCUGACCUCAGGCCAGCGGCAGCUGUUGCUGUGCGAGACGCUGACGGAGACGGUGUACGGAGACCGUGGGCAGCUCAUCAAGUCCAAGGAGCGCAGGGUCUUCCUGCUCAACGACAUGUUGGUCUGUGCCAACAUCAACUUCAAGCCCGCCCAUCACAGGGGCCAGCUGGAGAUCAGCAGCCUGGUGCCACUGGGGCCCAAGUACGUGGUGAAGUGGAACACGGCGCUGCCACAGGUGCAGGUGGUGGAGGUGGGCCAGGAGGGCAGCGCCUAUGACAAGGACAAUGUCCUCAUCCAGCACGCCGGCGCCAAGAAGGCCUCUGCCGCGGGGCAGGCCCAGAACAAGGUGUACCUCGGCCCCCCACGCCUCUUCCAGGAGCUGCAGGACCUGCAGAAGGACCUGGCCGUGGUGGAGCAGAUUACACUACUUGUCAGCACGCUGCACGGCACCUACCAGAACCUGAACAUGACCGUGGCUCAAGACUGGUGCCUGGCGCUGCAGAGGCUGAUGCGAGUGAAAGAGGAAGAGAUCCACUCGGCCAACAAGUGCCGCCUCCGGCUGCUGCUCCCGGGAAAGCCCGACAAGUCCGGCCGCCCUAUCAGCUUCAUGGUGGUCUUCAUCACCCCCAAUCCACUGAGCAAGAUCUCUUGGGUCAACAGGCUGCACCUGGCCAAGAUUGGACUCCGGGAGGAGAACCAGCCAGGCUGGCUGUGCCCGGAUGAGGACAAGAAGAGCAAAGCCCCCUUCUGGUGCCCAAUCCUGGCCUGCUGCGUGCCCGCCUUCUCCUCUCGGGCCCAGAGCCUGCAGCUGGGUGCCCUAGUCCACAGUCCUGUCAACUGCCCGCUGCUCGGCUUCUCUGCGGUCAGCACCUCCCUGCCACAGGGCUACCUCUGGGUUGGAGGUGGGCAAGAGGGCGCUGGGGGUCAGGUGGAGAUCUUCUCCCUGAACCGGCCCUCGCCCCGCACGGUCAAGUCCUUUCCGCUGGCGGCCCCUGUGCUCUGCAUGGAGUAUAUUCCUGAGCCAGAGGAGGAGGAGACCGAGAGUGGAGAGGAGAGUGGGCCGGCCACUGACCCCUCGGCUGCAGUGCGUCCCACUAUCUGCCUCGGGCUCCAGGACGGCAGCAUCCUGCUCUACGGCAGCGUGGACACCGGUACACAGUGCCUGGCGACGUGCCGGAGCCCCGGCCUGCAGCCCGUGCUCUGCCUGCGGCACAGUGCCCUCCACCUGCUGGCUGGCCUGCAGGACGGGACCCUUGCUGCCUACCCUCGGACCAGUGGAGGGACGCUGUGGGACCUGGAGAGCCCGCCCAUGUGCCUGACUGUGGGCCCGGGGCCCAUUCGCACCCUGCUCAGCCUGGAGGAUGCUGUGUGGGCCAGCUGUGGAUCUCGGGUCACCGUCUUGGAUGCCACCACCCUACAGACUCAGCAAAGCUUCGAGGCACACCAGGACGAGGCAGUGAGCGUGACACACAUGGUGAAGGCGGGCAGCGGCGUGUGGAUGGCCUUCUCCUCAGGCUCCUCCAUCCGCCUCUUCCACACCGAGACGCUGGAGCACCUGCAGGAGAUCAACAUCGCCACCAGGACCACCUUCCUGCUGCCAGGCCAGAAGCACCUAUGCAUCACCAGCCUCCUGAUCUGCCAGGGUCUGCUCUGGGUGGGCACUGACCAGGGCGUGCUCGUCUUGCUGCCCGUGCCCCGGCUGGAAGGCAUCCCCAAGAUCACAGGAAAAGGCAUGGUCUCACUCAAUGGUCACUGCGGACCCGUGGCCUUCCUGGCGGUGGCCACCAGCAUCUUGGCCCCUGACAUCCUGCGGAGUGAUCAGGAGGAGGCUGAGGAGGACAAGGCGGAUGGGCAGGCCCAGGAACCCGUGCCCGCGCCGGACAGCCACGUGGGCCGCGAGCUGACCCGUAAGAAGGGCAUCUUGCUACAGUACCGCCUGCGCUCCACGGCCCACCUGCCCGGUCCACUGCUGUCCAUGCGGGAGCCGGCGCCCACUGACUGCUCGGCCCCAGAGCACGGCGAGGAGGAUGGCUCUAUCUACGAGAUGGCCGAUGACCCCGACGUCUGGGUGCGCAGCCGGCCCUGCGCCCGCGACGCCCACCGCAAGGAGAUCUGCUCCGUGGCCAUCAUCUCUGGCGGGCAGGGCUACCGCAACUUCGGCAACGCGCCAGGUGCCGGGCGGCCUGCACCGUGUGGGGAGACGGACAGCACCCUUCUUAUCUGGCAGGUGCCUUUGACGCUAUAGCCCCUGUGCCCCGGGGGCCCAGCUGCAGGCCUGCCCACAGCCAUGCCCGGUCCCCGGGGACUGCCUGGUGUGGAGUCACCAUCAGGGAACACCUGGAGUCUCCAGUGACCACUUUGGCCCAGUGGAGGAAAAGUCUCUUCCUUUUUAAAGACAGUUGUUUAUUAUUAUUAUUAUUAUUAUUGUUAUUAUUAUUAUUUCCCAGAUGUUUCUGGGAGGGGUUUUAGCCUUGGGGAGAGGGAAGACAGACCAGGAGAAAAUGGCCUUCUUUUUAAUAAGGAAAAAAAAAAUCCAAACACACAAAACCUCACACUGCUGGGCAAGUCCCGAGGCAGCCAUGCGCCUGUCCUGGAAGGGCACAUGUGUGUGUCAGCACGUGAGCGCAUGGGCUGGUGUGUGAAUACCUAUAAAUACGUACAUACGGUGUAUAUUCUAUGUGUGUAAAUACUGUCUGUACAUAUUGGAGCUCUGGGAGGUUCUGGAAUAAAAAGUGAGAGAU